UCUCGCCACAACGUCACCUCAGCUGCUCAACGAUCGUCCGCACGUCAACACACCGCCCGCCGCAGAAUGUCUGGCAAGGUGAAGCAGCGCAGUGCAGCUAACACCUCUGAAUCUGCCACUACUUCAGUGAAUGAGCGGAUCCUCAAGCGCUGCCACAGCCUCUAUACAGACCAAGAGAAUGGUUUGGUGGGCAUUGGAGAGAGCCUGGGCAUGAAGAUUUUGCCUCCUCGGAAGAAGAUCAAUGUCAUGCUCAUGGGCAACCACUCAGCGGGGAAGAGCUCCUUCAUCAACUGGUAUGUUGAGGAGCACGUCCAGCGCACCGGUGUUGCCAUUGAGACUCAGGGAUUCAGUUUUGUUACCAAUGGCCGCAAGAGAGAAUCACUCACGGGUAAUGCCACACUGCACUUGUACCCUCACUUCAAACCUCUGCAAGAUAUUGAAGGUGUCGUGGACUACCUUAAUACUGAGAUAAGCACAUCAAAACAGAAGAAGUUCAGUCUUGUAACGUUCAUUGACACGCCAGGCCUUGUUGAUGGCGACAUGAAGUAUCCCUUUGAUGUCAACCAGUCAAUGCUGUGGCUUGGUGAUUUGUGUGACCUGAUAUUUGUGUUCUUUGACCCCAUCGGGCAAGCACUCUGUAAAAGAACACUUAACAUUGUGGAGCAACUAAAUGAGAAGCAUCCAGAUCGAAUUCGCUUUUAUUUGUCCAAGGCUGAUGAGGCAGGUCAGGAGAGUGACAGGCAGAGAGUAAUGAUGCAGAUUGUACAGGAGUUAUGCAAGCGCCCUGGGUUGAAUAAGACUGGAUUUGAUAUGCCUACAGUUUAUAUACCAAACCCAAAUAAACCAUCACGUUGUGUGAACCAAAUAGAAGAGGUGUGCAAAGACAUUGAGAAGACCAUAAACCAGACAAUACAGAACACACUCAACCAACUGGAGCGUGACUGUGAGCAGAUUUCAUCCCUUGUAGACCAGGCCAUUAAGAUUGAUGAUGAUGCCAGACGCCACAAUUUCAGAGCAAAGAUACGAGGCAUGGGUUUUUCCUUGUUUGGCUUUCUACUUCCUGUGAUACUACUGGUGCAGCUUCUUGUGUCCUCUGUUCCAAGAGAUGUUUUAAAAAAUCUGGCUGGUGAAGGCAUGGCAGAAGCCCUCGUUUCAUUUAUGGGCCCAACCACAGCAUUUUGGGAAAUGGUUGAUGAAGAAAACCAACUUGUCAUCUUGGCCUGUGUGCUAGCAGGAUCAGGCUUGUGUCUCAUCUUGUCUCGGUUCUUCAACCAGUCUAAGCCAACACUUCAACGACGCUCCAAGAAGGCACUGCUCUGGAAACAAGAGUUUGUUAACACUCAUGUCAAACCAGAAAAGCAAAAGUUGUACUCCGAAUACCUGCAGCAGAGUGUUUCCGAGCAUGAUCUAUAAGACCAGCCAAAUUAGAUAUAAAUUUUGGGGCAUGCAAGAAGCUAAUGUAACUAUUUAUUAGUACAAAGCUACACUUAUUCAGUGCCUUUAUAAUAAUUUAAAUGUGGUUUGAUAUUUUUUUAUAAUAGUUGACCGAACAUGAGAUGCAGCUCUUGAGGUUUGAAGGUUCAAUAUGUGAAAUUUUGUUUAGCUCAAGUAUUUCUUCAUUGUUUUAUAGAAUAUAAACUUUUUUACUACAUACAUCCUGUUACCAAUAAGUUUUAAUGUGACAUUAAUUGUGUGAUCAAACAAAACUACAGAAAAUUUUGAAUGCUUAGAUUGAAUCUCAGCUUUAAUGUUAUACUAAUUUUUUUUUCCCAUAAACAAAUAUAUAGGCUAACUAGUGUUUCCAUUACAUGAAGUGAAACCAACAGCCACUGGGAAAAUCAUGGAAAUAUAAUGAAAGCUUUCAACUGCUGGUUUGUGGCAUGCUUAUGGUGUCACUAGACAAGAGUGUAUCUAUGUAGAUUUUGAUAAUGGAGAUUAUUAUUAAGCAAAUCAUGAAACUAGAUUUUAGUAUGAUUAAAGACCUUUCAUUAUACUUCUAAUAUCAAUUUCCCUCUGACUCAUUCAUUCAAAAUAACUUACUUAUAUUCCAUUGGAAUCAUCAUUAACACAUAGCAAAGAAGUAGUAACUGUCAUUGAAAGUUUUUUUUAUUUUUUUAUUGACUUAAAAAAUGUUCCUUACAUUGGGAAAUACUUUUCCUAAAUGUGUGUGAAUGAUGUUUUUUCUAUAAUUUGUAAGAUUGUUUAUGUAUGGUUAUGAAAAGAAAUGAUUGCGGAAGACUGAGACAAGAUAAUUUUUAAAUAUAUUUCUUAUACUGAAGUAAAUUAAUAUACUCAGCCAAGCUGAUUCUAUUGAAUGUUAUAUAAUAAAUAACUUAAGUAAGGGCUUCCAUGACUGACUUGUGUUAGAUAGCUACCUCAUGAUGAUGAAAUUCACUUUUAUACAGAUUACAGACAUCUUAAAAACUCUUGGUUUACUGGCUGUAUGUGUUCCGGGCAUUUUGUUAUAUGAAUCAUCUGUUGCAUAAUAAUUUUCAUAGUGUUUUGUUGAAUAGCAAAAUAGAAAACAAAAACAAUACAUUGGUAUUUAGAUGCUUUACUUGUAUGUAUGUUGUUAAUAUUAAAUAAAGAUGCAAAAUACUUGUU